AUGGAGAGCGCUUUGCGGUCGCAGUAGGGACAUCAGACUUCACACACAGAAACAGAGACAGCGAGACGCGCCGAAGCAACAAUAAGCCCCGUCUUUGUGUCCGUAUCGAUCCCCGCAGCCUCCAGCAGGCUCAUGGAGAGCGGAGCCCCGCUUGUCCGCACCGGGGGCGCGUUGAUCGGAUGCCUUUCACCAAAGCAGCGCCGUUAGAUGUUUUCCAUUCAGGAUUAAUUGGUUGACCAAUGGCUCCAAAACAUGCGCUCCUCUCCAGCAGCGGCAGCAGUGGCCCCGGGGUUGGAGGGGUGAAGAAUAAAGGAGACCGCGGCUCUUCCUCUCCGGCGGCAUGGAUCCUGGAUGCGGGGAUGGUGACCGUGUGUUCGCCGAGGAACGGGAGGAGGACGCGGGCGCUGGAUGGGAUGCUGGCCCGGUGGUUGGUGAGCGUCGGCGCGGUGCUGAUGCUGAUGCUGCAGAGCUCCUUGGCCGCUGACGCUGAGGGAGGUCACCACGAGUCAAUGAGACCUCUGGAUCCUGCAGUGCCCUCAAACCUCUCAGCCAUCCCCAGGAGUGGAGACAGAGCUGGGGCUAAGGACACGAUGGAUGGGACUGACGCUGGUCCGAGAGCUUGGCCUAAGGGGAAAGUGUUUGCUGAGGCCAGAGCGGCUGUUUGGACUGAAACAGAAGCCGCAGUGCGCGCUGGUUCAGGUGGCAAAGUUUUUGCAGAGACUGGGAUAAUGACGGGAACCGGCGCCUGGGCUGAAGUUGGGGCUGAAUGGAGUCCGGUGGAUGCAGAGGGGGGUGACCUGCCAAGCAUGCCCAGGGACCCGGCUGCCUGGCUGGGGCAGCAGAUGCGAGCAGAGGGCCAAAGACAGCAGGCAGCCAUCUCGUCUGUCCCCACCAUACUGGCAGAGACAGCAGAGCUGCGGGCACCAGCGCUGGGAAAACCUUUAGGACUGCUGUCUAAAGCUGCUUGGACCAAAAGCACCUCUUCAUCAUCAUCCAGGGCCUCCUCCUCUUCCUCCUCAUCUACCACAAAAGCGUCCUCUUUGCCUUCUUCCUCCUCUUCCUCCUCCUCUCCAGCCAAUAAAAGAGACAGUCAGACAGCGAGACCAGACAAUGUCUCUCUGGUUGUUGUCAGCAGCAACUCCUCCAACAGCAAUAGCAGCUCCAGUUCGGAGGAGUCCGUGAGCAGCCUGCCAGCCUGGGAUCUUCCCACUGUCCCCGAGUCUCUCCUGUCCACAGUGGGCGACCACGAUGUCACACUUCCUGCCAACAUCACCAGCCCUUUCUCCACCCAUCAGUGGAACACCACGAUGCCCGUGCGCACCAGAAACACCUCACGGCAGACGACCACACUAACCACCACCCAAAGCACAUCAUUAUCACCCAGCACCACCUCGACUUUGUCCACCACAGCAAGAGCACAAACGCCGCCAGGACCCACUACGGUUUCUAACACCACAAGCCAGGACACUGUGACCAAUGACAGCCUUCAGCUGACGACGGUAACCACGACGACGCCCUCAAUGACCACUCUAACUGUGACCGCUGCUGAGAUGAUGACACAGGCGGUGACCAAUGGGAGCGCUGUAACAGCAUCACCAAAUACUACCAAUGCUUCAACCACGCAGCAAUCGACGAGCCUCAAACUGACCACAGCAGCUACAACUCAGCCUACAACCACAACUACAACCACACCUGCCACUACCACCGCCACUACUACUACUACAACUACUACUACUACUACGGCCCCCCCAACCACUACCACUACUACUACAACUACUACACCUGCAACUACCACAACUACGACUGCCGCCACGACUACCACUACCAUUACAACCACAACAACAAAGGUACCUGCCACCACCGUCUUCAUCCCGAUUGCAACCACGCCGCCUCCCACUACGACCACUGAACCUCCGUCCAGUACCAGUGCAGAGGAAAGUUCUCUACCGUGCAACGUGACUGAGAAGUACUGGGUCAGAACAGUUCUGUCCAUUGAGCUGCGUAGGAACCGCCUCGACCUGAUCCUGAAACAGAACCUCUCUAAAGGACUGAGCCACGCCCUUCAACGAGCCCUGAAUGACUCCUCAGCCAAUGCACAGGUGGAACACGAUGACUGCAGCCCCAACAACGUGACACUGGGUUACUACGUGACCAGCGGCAAAAUUGUCUACAUUUCCUCCUUGGUGGUUGAGGCGCUGCAUGUUUACGGUUUUGACAAGCUGCUGUCGGACAUCAGGCAGCACACUCCAUUGGUUAAGGCAGUUCUGGUUCCCGUGGCAACCUGGGUGCCCGCUCCAAGCAUUCACCUGCAGCUGAAAACAGUGCUGAGGUUUGUCGGCCCAACAGACAACAUAUACUCCUGCAGUUUCGUCCAGAUGUUGGAGCAGCGGCUAGAAAACGCCUUCGACGAGGCUCAGGACAAAGUGCUGGAGACCUACAACAGACUCACUGUGGAGAUCCAGAGUGUGUCCCAGGAGCCUGGCUCUCCGUCAGUCUCUUUGGUGUAUGUGGUGAAGAACCAGGAUGCGUUUCUAAACGGGACGAUCUCCAGCGGCCUCCUCAACCAGCUGACCGCAGAGCUGGUGGGAUACUUCCUGUUCUACCCGCCCAUGGUCAUCGCUGAGCCCCUCGAAUACCAUAAUCUCAACACAUCGAUGGCAACCAAGAACUACUGGGUUAUAACAGUGAUCCAGGAUGUGGACAGCUCCUCCCUGGAGGCCAACUACCAGAGCUUUGCCAGCCUGAUGGAGCAGCGGCUGGCUGAGCUCUUCCUGGUGGCGGGCAGGCAAGGCAGUCGGCUGGCGCGAUCUCGGCGAGCCACCACUGUGGGAAGCUACACUGUGCAGAUGGUGAGCAUACGACGACUGCCUGGUCCCAAGAACCCAGCAGAGAUGACCUACUACGCCCAGCUGAACGGAGCACCCAUCACUGGAUCCAAUGCUGCCAAGACCCUGAGCAGUCUGGACUCGCAGACCAUGGCUCUGACACUGGGAUACUUCGUACAAGUGCAGGCUGAACCUGUGGUAAAGACGCCGCCAAGUAACCUGUGGAUCAUGGCGGUCCUGACGCCUCUCUUCCUGCUGAUGGUGGUGAUCGGCAUGGUGGCCUUUAUUUUGUGUAAGAGAAACAGAGUCAUCUUCAAAACUGGCGCCUUCAGGAACUUCAAAACCCGCUCCAAGACCUCAUAUCGAAGGGAGGGCAGUUAUCACCACCAGCCUGUCCAGGGCUUUGACUAUGCCAAGAAGCACAUGGGUCGAACAGGUGAUGAGGCCAUCUCUGUUACCAAGGAGACGCUGGUGCUGGGGCUGCCUGUACGAGAUGCUCCGCUGUCACUGUCACUGGAUAAGAAGGUCCACCAGGAUGGGACCGCCAGCAAGAGGCCUCCAUCUGCUGACAUACACAAAGGAGGCCGGUUGCCAAGCGAGGAGGACGGCUCGGUGUCAAGUAACGGCUCCGGGAAGCUGAACACUAGCAAGAGCUCCUCGGCCCGAAGGACGGCGACCGGCAGCAGCACCAAGAACGGCAAGGAGGAGCUUCACAAGAGGAGCACAAACGACCCGUACGAGGACCAUUCAGGCUCUCUGCGUCUCAUCACCAUCAAACCCAUGACUGCUCAGCCAACCUACUCCUACCCCUCCUCCUCAUCGCAUAGCCAAGACUCAGUGGUCCUGAACGGGGAGGCAAACCACGUUGGGCUGAAGCAGAAGUCUGACAUCGAGCACUACAGGAACAAACUGCGGCAGAAGGCCCGCAGGAAGGGCUACGGAGAGUUCUCUCUGUCCGAAAGUGGCAGCCAUGGUUACAGCCACCGUGACACCAGACACAGUCGGCACGACAACGGGGUCAAGGAGCCAAUGACCGCUGAGGAGAAGAGGGCCUCCUUCGCAGGAUGUCAUAAGAGGUACUCCCACCCACGGGAGCCCACUUAUUGGAGCCGUCAGUCUCUGAGCAGCCCUAGCCCGGUAGAGACGGAGAUGGACCUGCUAGUGCUGAGAGAGAGGUCCAGGAGGGGCAUCCGAAACAACGGCUAUGAUGGUGAACCGGAACCGUUUGAGGAGACCAAUGUGGACCGCCUGAUGAGCUCUUUGGGUUACGGAGGUGGAUCUACUGGCACCGGGAAUGGCAGCCUGGGGGUGAAAGCUCACCGUGGCUCCGACUCCUCCACACUCAGCUCCCAGCCAUCCAUUGAUGAGGUCCGCACGCAGAUGCAUAUGUUGCUAGGCAACGCCUUCAGCCUGGCACCUCCGGACCAUGACCCUCCUUCUCCUCCAACCAACAGCCACCACCAUCACCACCACCAUGCCCACAGAGCCUACAACCCAUCCCACACCAGCCACUAUAGUGACGGGGUGACCAGCGCCCCGGGGACCAUGAACCAUCCCUGUGGCGGCAGGCAGAGGAGUGCAGGCUACGAGGACAUGCACCAGUGUAGCCUGCCUAAACCGGGUUUUCGGUUCACCCAGCUUCCUGAUAUGGGCAUUGGGUCUCCACCGCCACUGAUCCCCUCAAGACCAGGACCACCACCUGGGACCUCAAUACGACGUUCCACCCCUGAUGUUAGUCUGAAGCCGCGUGUGUCAGAGGCCUCAGACCUGCAGGCCCAGCAGCACAACGGCGCCCCAUACCUGCCGCUGUCCAGGACCCCCUUCCCUGCUGUCACAGUCGACCAGUCCAUCAGCACCUACUCAGGAAACCCAAUCACAGCAGUCUACGCGAUAUCUGCCAACCGCCCGGGCUACUCGGACUACUUUGUCAUGUCACCCCCAUCCUCAUACCGUAGCCCGUCCUGGAUGUCCUACCCACCUGAGCCAGAGGACCUGCCACGGCAGUGGAACGACACACCGAACUCACGUCAUCUUGAAACCAUCUGCUGAAGUCAUUUGCCUGCGACACUGAGUGGAAACAGCCGAUAGCUCGGUGUCUCUUUGGACGGGCAGAGGACCUCCCUCUCACUGAAAACUCUCUGGAGCUUUAUCACCCCUCCUUUACUUCGGCCAGGCCUUCCUCCUGUCUGAUUUAUUCAUUACCAUUGGACUUCCCUCCGCCCCCACCGUAUCCCCAGUUUCCCCUCUCUCCACUGGGCUGACCUUAGUCUGUCCUCUCUCCGCCUGCCUCGUCUGCAGCUCAAAGCGUUUCUUAUCCUCCACACCUCCUCUGUCCCAUAAGCCCUCUCAACUGGUCAAAGCUUAAAUCCAAUCCAACUUAAAUGUUCAGCCAUAACUCUCUCUGCUCCCUGAGCCCCUGGCCUCACUGGCCCCACUGGACCCUCUCUGGGCUCCUAGUCAGAAUCUCUAUGUAGACUGCCUCCUCUGUGGUGACCACUGUUGUACAGCAAGAGGCCCCUCACACUGCUGAACUGAACUGAACUGAGCUGAGCUGCGUGAAGCUGUACUGUGCUUCCCUGCGUGACAACACACACAUGCAGUGUGGAUGAGCAGGGUGAGUACAGUACAGUGUGACUAGUUCUCUGCCCCAGCAAUCAUCAUACAGUAACUGCCAUCUGCCCCAGCACACGAUGGCACACACAGCGCUGCGUUAUCAGUACGGUAGUGCCUCAGCCAUGGCCAGUUGUCUGCUCCUCCUCUGAACUGGACUGGACUGGACCAUCCUGGACUUGUCCCUGAUUUCCACCAUAAAGCCAGGAAA